GCACGGUUGUCAGUUCCCAACUUAUAAGUCGGUUCCUUGGGGACUCCGCAUACAACCGAGAACGCAUUAAUUUGGUGACAGCCACUGGUCAGCGCAUACCCGUCCGUGGAGAGAAGGAGAUGGAGUUGAAGCUAGGCAACAUGAUCUACCUGCAUAAUGUCAUCAUGGCUGAUAUAAUGGACGACUGCAUCCUGAGCCUAGACUUUAUGAGGAAGAAUUGUUGUGAGAUCGACGUUAAGCAAGGUGUUUUGAAAUGUGGACAAGAGGAACUUUUCAUGGAAGGGGCGUUACCAGGGAAUGUGUACAGCCUUAAGAAGAUUGUUCUUCCGCCGAGAUCGGAAACGAUUGUGCCGGUUAGUCUUCCUCGGAGUCCUGGGCAAGCUCAUCGUUGUGUACUCGUGGAAAGGGUAGACAAUGACCUUCCAUGGAAAGUGGCUCGAACCUUGGUCAGAACCACCGACAUCUCAGGAGUACGUGUGUUGAACCUUUAUGAUCAGGAACAGAUUAUAGAAAAAGGCACAUUGGUCGGUACUAGUGAGGAAGUGGAUGGGUUGCGUCGGUGCGAAUAUCUAUCGACCGGGACCCCUAGCAAGGAUGGACAAACGAGAGUGACCACACUUUUAGAAGACUGUCGCAGCGUUCUCUCCCCGAAUGAAAUGGUCAAGGCGAAGAAGUUGUUACUCAAGUACGCCAAUGUUUUCUCGUCAAACGAAGCUGACAUAGGAAAGACUGCCUUACACAAAAUAAACACUUCAACACAAAAUAAACACAGGACAAGAAUUGCCUAUUCGUCAGCGGCCAAGAAGAUUGCCUGUAGCACGUGAAAAGGAAGUGGAAACCAUGAUUGAGGGAAUGGUGAAGGAUGGUGUUAUUGAACCUUCAUCUAGUCCAUGGUGUUCACCUGUGGUGCUGGUAAAGAAGAAGGACGACAGCAUGCGGUUUUGUGUUGACUACCGCCGCCUGAACGACGUUACGAAGAAGGACAGCUAUCCCUUGCCUAGAAUUGAUGACACGCUGGACAUGCUCACAGGCGUAAAGUGGUUUAGUACGCUGGACCUGAAAAGUGGCUACUGGCAGGUUGAAAUUGACCCUAAGGACAAGGAGAAAACUGCAUUCUCCACAGGAAAGGGUCUGUGGCAAUUUAAAGUCAUGCCGUUUGGAUUGUGCAAUGCUCCAGCAACGUUUGUAAGAUUGAUGGAGCUUGUACUUACCGGGCUAAUUGGAGAUGCCUGUCUGGUCUAUUUGGAUGACAUCAUCAUCGUAGGCCGUACGUUUGAGGAACACCUUCAAAAGCUGGAACGCGUGCUCAUGAAGAUCCAGAGUGCCAACCUCAAGUUGAGUCCAAAGAAGUGCUCACUAUUCAAACGGCAAGUUAGUUUUUUGGGGUAUGUAGUGUCGGAAGAAGGUAUCCGCACGGAUCCAGAAAAAAUUGCCGCUGUCAAGGAGUGGCCGGUUCCAAAAGACAAGACACAGGUUAGAGCAUUUUUGGGUUUGUGCUCUUAUUAUCGGCGAUUUGUGAAGAACUUUGCAGAUAUAGCCAAACCUCUGCACAAGCUAACCGAGGAGAAGCGACAUUUCUGCUGGGAUGAAAGUUGCGAUAUUGCAUUCCAGGAGCUCAAGAACCGUCUGUGUAAAACACCUAUUUUGGGGUACCCUGAUGCGGGCAAGGAAUUCAUAGUUGACACAGACGCAAGUGAUAUAGGACUUGGCGGUGUGUUGUCUCAACGGAAUGGUGACCAAGAGAUUGUGAUAGCGUACUUCAGCAAGUCAUUGUCAAAGCCGGAAAGGAACUAUAACAAGACGGGAAUUGCUUGCUGUGGUAAAGGCCUUGCAGCAUUUUAGCAAAUAUCUUCUAGGGCGGAAAUUCCACUUACGAACUGACCAUGCUGCACUGAAAUGGCUAUUGCAGUUCAAAAAUCCGGAAGGACAAGUUGCGAGAUGGAUUGAACUACUGCAGGAAUACGACUUUGUGAUCGAACAUCGCAGCGGGAAAUCUCAUGGCAAUGCAGAUGCAUUGUCAAGAAGACCUUGCCCUGAAGAUUGCAAGCAUUGUACUAGGCAAGAGGGUAAGGAAGUGAUAUCUGUGAGGAUGCUCAGGACAGACCAGCUCAGCAAUGAGUGGAAGGACAGCCUACAACAUGCACAGCAGGAAGAUUCGGAUAUUAAGCCGAUUCUGGAAUGGAUGAGGGCCAGUGCUCCUAAACCCAAGUGGAGCGACGUCUCAGCAAUGAGUUCGACCACGAAAAGCUAUUGGGCCCAAUGGGACAGCUUGCUGAUUCAGGAUGGAGUCCUGUGCCGUAAAUUGGAAAAUGGUCGGGGAGACAGUUGUCAUUUGCAAAUGGUUGUCCCUAAGGCUAAAGUACCGGAUGUUCUACAGCUGUACCAUAGUGGUUGUUCAGGUGGCCACCUGGGAGUUAAACCAACUCUACUGAAAAUCCGAGAACGGUUUUACUGGGUCCACUGUCGUGACGAUGUCGAGGACUGGUGCCGCAAAUGUACAAGUUGUGCGGCUGUAAAGGGACCUCAAAUUCGUAGUAGAGGCGCAUUGAAAUUGUACAAUGUUGGUGCACCAUGGGAGAGGAUAGCCAUUGACGUUGCGGGGCCGUUUCCGGAAAGUGAAAGUGGUAACAAGUAUUUCAUGGUUGUGAUGGAUUACUUCACUAAGUGGCCAGAAGUCUUCGCCAUUCCAAAUCAAGAAGCUUCAACAAUUACAGAUAAACUAGUUCAUGAAGUCUUCUGUCGUUUUGGAGUACCUUUAGAGAUUCACAGCGAUCAAGGAAGGAAUUUCGAGUCUCAAAUAUUCCUGGAAACUUGCAGAGUUAUGGGUACUCAUAAAACACGAACAACUUCUUACCACCCACAAUCUGAUGGAAUGGUAGAACGAUUUAAUCAGACAUUGGAAAGGCACCUGGCAAAAGUUGUGGAAAAACGGCAACGAGACUGGGACAGGCACAUACAACCGUUUUUGUUGUCAUAUCGAAGCGCUGUUCACGAAAGUACGUCAGUGACGCCAGCUUUCGCAAACUUUGGGAGAGAAUUACGGCUGCCUGCAGACCUGAUCACCGGAAUACCACCUGAUGCCCCACGCAGUAUAACCGAUUAUGCAAAUGACUUGCGGAACAAAAUGAAUGACAUUUAUGAGCACUUCAGACAGACGGGCCAGCAAACGUCUGAGAAGAUGAAAACACGGUAUGACCGCAAAAUGAACAACAAGGGGUUUGAUGAAGGUUCACUAGUGUGGUUAGACAAUCCAGUUCGCAGCAAAGGGAAAUCUCCUAAGCUUCAAGCUAAAUGGGACGGACCGUACCGGAUUGUGACAAGGAUCAAUCAUGUAACCUACCGGAUACAGAAAGGUGCCAGAGGUACUCCUAAGAUUGUCCAUGUGGAUCGACUGGCGCGUUAUUAUGGGGCCAAUAAUGCUCGGGACGAGCAUGUCUUAGGAGGGGGCAGUGUUGCGCGCCACUAUUAAUGUCUUGUACAUGGCAACACUAGUUACACUAGUGCCCUCUAGUGUCGAGUAAAUGAAAGUAUUGCGCGCCACUAUUAAUGUCUUGUACAUGGCAACACUAGUUACACUAGCGCCCUCUAGUGUCGAGUAGCAGAACUAGGAGAGUCAAGAUCCUUCCAGAAAUUUCGGGACCGAUAUGUACUCGAACAUUCUAGAUGUCGCUACAGUAGAAGAUUCUGGAAACUAUCUGAGGCCCUAUAUAAGGCCGGUAUAGACCACGACCGAGGCAGUAUUGAAUUGGCGAUACAAGAGAAUACUUGGAAGCGAAAUAACGGCGAACUGUGUUUUAUUAUUAGUGUGAUUUUAGAUUGUAAUUAGUAUUGUGUAAUUAAAGUGUCAAUUUUGGUAAUUC